CGCAUUUCAUUGCGUCCCUCACCAUGCCGGGGCAGAGAGGUGCCUUCCCUCCCGGGGAAACAUGGCAAGGUCCCAACUUGAGCCCGGGCAGCGCAGUGCUGGUCUUCAGCAGCUCAGUGGGCUCCUGGGUGAAUGGCAGCAUUGUUGAGAUCUUCGAGGAGGAAUGUGUGGCCGAUGGCUACACCAUGCCAGCGGGUUGCAUCAAGGUGGCCUUGGAGAAUGGCAGCGUGAAGUACGUCAUGCCCAAUGAAGUAGCCAAUGUGCUGCGACCACGUGAUUCAUCUGACAUGACGGACAACACUAGGCCGCAGCGGCCACAGGCGAACCCGCAACCAACAGGCCGUGCAGAUGCUGGUGCGGCUCGUCUAGAGGCCCGCGACCGCUGGAAUACCUAUGAAAUUCGCCUACAGGAUAUUUUUAUGGAGUAUGACAGGGAUCGUUCCGGCGCUUUGGAAGUUGAAGAGUUUCGCGCCUUGCUAAGAGAUUUCAAUCAAGGUCGCGAUCCAACGGAGGAGGAAUACAGCUUUAUGAUGAAGCUUUCAGAUAAGGACCGAGAUGGUCGAAUAAGUCUGGGUGAGCUUCAUUAUGCACUGCGCGCGUGGCAUAGUUACAGACAUAUGGACGACUCGUUGCUUCGGCUGUUUGCCGAAUUCGAUUUCGAUGAGUCAGGGCAUUUGUCAGUAAAUGAGUUGGAGCAGUUGCUGACAGCAAUGAAUGGUGGGAAGCCAGUACCUAGAGAUGAGGUCAUCCGUGUAAUGCAUCAAGCAGAUAUGCUUGGUGACCGUCAGAUCCACCGGGCCGAGCUGCUGGGUGCCAUCUCAGCAUGGUACGGCAACGUCGACCGGAAGGAUACAGACUUGCCCUCUUUGCUCAGAGAGGCUUUGGCCAGAAGCAUCCAGGAAGCCGACUAUGCCGGUGUCAUGGACCAAGGACGAAGUGCAUUUGGUCAUGCCACAUCCAUGGUCAAGGGUCUUGUAGGCUACUCACAGGUGGAUGAUGGUGCCAACCCAAGUGGCGCACCUGGCACGACUUGGUCAUCUCAACCUGGGAUUCCGCUGAUGUCAGAUCCUGGCGUGUCCCAGCAGCCGAUGGGUCAGCGGGUCAUCAAGGCUUUGCCUCUUGCCUUGAGUUCCUGCAGCAAGUUUUGCUACGUUGGUUUUCCUUUCAUCUUUGGGUGGAUGCUGGUCUUCGCUGGUUGGGAGUAUCGAGAUAAUGUUUGCCCUCGAAAUUUGGAUGGUAUUCUAAUGUGGUUCGGCUUUUUGGUCCUGGUCUUUAGCGGGCUCGCUUACGUCACAGAUCCAAACGCUGUGGUUGGUCGCAUUGCGAUUUUGGUCAUCCUAGUGGUCCUGGACGUCGUGGGAGUUCUGUGGACCUCCGAUCCCGCGGUGGAGCGGAACAAAGGAGCUUGCGGUCUAUCCUUGGUGUGGUUUAGCUACUUCGUGUGGAUAGCGGUGCCUAUUUGCAGCUUAGGAUAUCUGGGCUUUCUCUUAGCAACGCAUGUGCGAAAGCUGCAGAGAAAGGACGACCACCUACAGAAUGAGGUUAUCGUUUUCUGAUUAGCAAUACUUUGAACAUCUUUGAACGGCCAGUGAACCAGCUCUUGUCUUUUGUACUGCAUCCUACAUUGGCUUUGCUGGAAAAGAUUGGAAAAGAUGUGAAGCAACGGAGCUUAUUUCCUG